AUGAUGCCGCGGCUCUACGACACCUCCUCCUACUCCGCCUGCUUCUUCGCCUCCACCUUUGGCACCUUCGUGUUCAUGUGUCUCAACAUGCUCUUCUCCGGCGACGGGCAGCUGAAGCCCCUCUUCAAUUCGGAUAUCACCCCCGGAUUCGAUGCCGGCAUCGAGGCGGAGACGAUCCUCUUCCUGGUGCUCUCCUCGGUGACGGGGGCCUUGAGCGGUGCGUUGGCCAGCGCCUUUGUGAUCUGCCACAGGAAGGCCGCGCCCUCGGCGCCCCGAGACCUGGCCAUCUUCCUGGGCGCCGGCGGCGUGGGCGCCUUCCUCCGCGUGGGCGUGGGCCGCCCGGCGAAGAACAUCGGAGGCCUUGAAGUGGAGCUGAAGGGCCUGGGCUGGUGCUCUGCCCUGCUCACGCUGGGCACUGGGCCGUUCCUCUCCGAGAUCUUCGGGGUCGAGGCGCAUUUGCGGCACAGCGAGCUGGCGAGCUUCGCGCCGGUUCUCUUCCUUCUGCUCACGAAAACCAGCUACACCAUCAUGGCGCUAUCUAUGCCGAUCCCCGCAGGCGUGGUGGCCCCCUCCCUGAUGAUCGGCGGCCUCCUGGGGCGGGUGAUUGCGUCCCUGCUGCUUGGCGGGUCUCGACCGAAUCUGCCUCCGUUUUGCUGGCGGAUACUGGCGCCCAACGGCUCCAAUGAGGGCGAGUACAUCGCAAGGCUGGCGAUCGUGGGGGCGACCUGCUUCUGCGGCGCGGUGUGCCGGGCCGCGCUCCCAGAGUGA